CGCCCUGCACGUUUGGCACUGCUCUCCCUCGAAUUGCCCGUUGGUCUAUAACCAUUCAAACUAUUUCAUCGAGAUUGCUAAAAAAAACACAUCCGCGCCUGUCAGUUUCCUCGCUCCCGAUCCUUCUCUCCCCAAGAAACGUCCUGCAUAGUCUUAUUUUAAUUCAAACCACCCAGUCAGCAAGAGCCACCAGGCCCCCAGGGCAGCAUUGUAGGGCAGCCUCAAGAGCUCGAGCGUCCUGAUCUACUUUCAAGCAAGCGCAUUUAUCGCCAAGCAGACUGUCAUAGCUGCUAUCCUCGAGUAUUAAAGCCUUCGCCCCAUCAGCCAGAACGACUUCCAUUCCCCCCCAUCCAUACCAUCAACAAUCCACUUCGCCACCACAAGUUCCAGCCCUUAAAUUCCCACCAAUCCUCUAUCCCAUUACAAAUCUUCAUCAUGGCCUCAUCUCCCACCCAAGAAGCCCACUCCCUUUCCACUUUUCACUGGCUCUUUUCUGAGGAAAUGCCAGAUGAAUCUCUUCCCCAGUUCUUCCCGAGGGUUCUUGACUUCGAGCAAUCAAGCACCCAGCCGUCUCACGGUACCCCAUUCCGGCCGGGGCCUCGGUACAGGCGAGAUCAGUCCUACCAGGAGGAUUCCAGUCCGAUCUACGACCCGGACUGUUCUCCCUGCUACUAUCCCGAUUCACCUCAGUGGGCUCCCGGACCCAUAUCGCAGUCCAUUUCCAGCCCUCAAUGGGUUCCCGGACCCACAUCGCAGUCCAUCUCCAGCCCGCAAUGGGCUCCGGGACCAUCAUCGGGGUCCAUUUCCAGACCCACCCUGCAACUUUCGCAGGCCCCUGAGCUGCCCUUCGAAUGCCAAGGUCGCAAGAGGCACACCGAGUCACCUCAGGAAGCUGAUCAACGGCCGCGAAAGUACGCUCGACCAUCAGACUCUCGAUCGGACAGUCACGUCGACAGUGAGAAGCCUGAUGGAUCGGCUGCCGGAACACCUCCGACUACGGCCACGCAUUCGUUACACUCCUCAGAGUCCCCGAGUAGCUCCAGCCUGGCGUGCUUUGAUCACAUCAAAGAGAUUCAAAGACUAAGGGCUCAACUUGUGAUCAGCGAGUCGAGGAAUGCGCGAGCCAUGGCUGACCUGGCGGAGGCGCGGCUCUGCGUCGAUUUCUUGAUGAACGAGGUUGGUAGGGUCAUGGGAUCUACUAGUCAAGCUCAUCCAGCUGCGGAAAGAGUCCGACAGAUAAUCAGCAGCAACACCGAACUCCGCGUCCCACUCUUUACCCGAGCCUCACCGGAGAUGACUACACUCGCGGAUUCGCAGCAGGAUGCGCUGCCGGUGGUUGAUAAUGCCGAUGCGGCCUGGAGCGAGGACCUCGAUCCGAGGAAUCCUAACUCCUACUACUUUUCUGAAAUCCCGAUGGCUGGCCCAUCGACGCGACCCGGGUCUAUCUCCUUGGCCGAGUCCUCACAGUUAGCACCGAUCGGGGGCUUCCAAGGCUAUGGAUCCAUGACAUCGGUCGGCGGCGAAGGCUCGACUAGCUAUUCGGAGAUGGUACGAGAGGCUUCCCUCGAUUACAGAUCAACAUCUUCCCUAACAGAGCCCGGUCGAAGUCGGGAUCCCAGCGGAAGCCAACUGGUGCCAGAUUGGAGUCAUACUCGGGUGGACUCGUACUAUUUCUCGGAGCCACUGCCUCCGUUUGAUUCGGCUCAGGAAACCACCCGCGAAAGCUAUGCUCCAAACUAUGAGCUGCCGGCGACCCGUUACAGUUGAAGUGGAUAUCUCCCCGCUCGAUUAAUUAUCUUUCUUUCGAUUUGUUAUAAGUAAUAUGUAUUUUAGGAAUAGUAGGCAGUAGUGUUAAGUAAAUUAUUUUAUCAGUUAACGUU